AUGCGAAAUCCGGAUAGACUGCAGAAGGAUCUGGAGUUCCUACCCUAUGGAGCCAAUGCUGACAAGGCGAAUGAACCGAAUAUUCUUGAGGCCAACUCCAAUGAUGUUGACGUUGAAAUAGGGACAACAGAGCCUCCGGUUCCGCCACCUCCAUACACUACCAAUGACGUGAAUCAUGAAGAGAAUAUGCCGGAUUCCGCUGAAAAUGUGGAAGAACCAUCUCCGGAGGGACAAACACCAGGUGAACGUGAUGAUGGGGGUGAUGACCUUGGUAAGUUUGUUUGGAACAGUUUGCCGGUUUAGAAACAACAUUUUUCGUUAUUCAGUUGGAUGGUAAAAAGAAACUCAUGAAUUGUCUUAUAGUAUUUUCCGAUUAUCUAUGGCUCCAGGUCUAUCCGCAAAACCACAUUUAAGUAGUUCUGCUGGCCAACUUGUCUGGGCAGUCUUUGGACGCUCUUGCUACAUGCUGUCGCCGACCAGCGUUAAACCGAAAAUUGCAUGUUCUGUUGAUCCAUGAGGCCAGAUGUUUUGGUGAACUUUGAACGAACCUACAGAGACCCGCUAGGCCUACUAAUGUCAAGUUUUUAGCUGCCUAAGCUGUGACUAUAGGAAGUUCUCGUGGAGUGGUUCCGUAUGUAGACGUAUCAGUUUGCUUUCCGAUGACUCCUAUCCGAAGGGUUUGCUAGCCCUGGUGGUUGGUUUUUCACUAAGGCUACAGUGGAAUAAAUUGUCCAGUUCUGGAGCUUGUGUUUUACGGUGGAUCGGUGGAAAGUUGGUGACCGUCUGACGUUUUAUGGAAGUGCAGUUAGACUGACGUUUGUUAGUAGGCAAGAGUAUAACAACGGACUCUGAAUGCAAUAGCAUUUUUGGUGGCUGCGGCCAUGUUGGUUCUUCAAUUUCGCUCGUAAGGACGUUGGUGUCCACUGGGGCCACCGCAGUCAUAGAUGGGUAAGAUGGCUACCGCUCUCCGCGAACGGAAGGCUGAAAGCACUCUACUAUCGUCUAUCUGAAAAGCGUUGUUGACCCCAUCACCUGACAGGACUCAAAGUUGUUCGAAGAGCACUGAAAAUAAUUCAAAAAAUUCUUGGAAGAAGUUGGUUGUUGAGACUACCCAGCCUAGGACGCAUCCCGACGAAGCGCAAUAUUGUUUAGGAUAUUGCUUGAAGCAGAAAGACACAUGUCCUUCUAAUUUUGCAGACGCGCCAUAUAAACAACUGUGAAUUUGCUUUUAUUCUUACAUUUGACAGUUGGAUUAUCCAUGUUCGUGGAGAGUAGAGAACCCGGUCACGAAGCCACUGCCUCAUCUGCUUUGUCACGUGACCCUGGGCAGGACGCGCCUGCAACGGAAACGAAACCAAUACAGACGCCGAACAACCAGCCCGACGACCUAGAAUUCUUGCCCGACCGAGGUGAAGAAUCGAAUAUUCCUGAGGCCAACACAAAUGUGGUUGAAGUUGAAAUAGGGGUAGCAGAGCCUCCGGUUCUGCAACCUGCAGGCACUGCAAAUAACGGCAGCCAUGAAGACAAUAUGCCGGAUUUCGCUGCAAAUGCGCAUGAGAUCGAAACAUCUCCGGGUGAACAAACACCAAGUGAACCUGAUGAUGAGGAGGGUGACCUUGGUAAGUUUGUUUGGAACAGUUUGCUAGUUUAG